AUGGAGUGGCCAGAUUGCAAAUCUUUGGAACUCAUACAGUUGUAUAGAGAAAAAAGAAGUCUCUGGGAUCCACUGGAUAAAAAUUAUAAAAAUAAUAAAAUAAAAUUCGACGAUUGGCAAGAAAUCGCCACUAAGUUGAACACAGAUGUGACCAAUAUUAAAAAACAAAUAGAAAGCCUUCAAGGGUCUUAUUGUCGAGAACGACAAAGGCAAGACUCUUCUCGUCGUUCAGGAGCUGGCACAGAUGAUUUGUAUAAAUCAAAAUGGUUUGCAUUCAAUGAAAUGCAAUUCUUGAAGGAGAAAUAUAAACCUAGGCAAACAAAAGAUUCGAUGAAUAUAUUAAAUCAAAUAGUAAGGAUCGACACAGGCUGA